AUGGCGCCGGUCAGCUCGGUGAUCGCGCUGGCAGCAGUGCUGGUGGUGCUGCAGCUGUCUGCGGCGGCGGCCGCGGCGGUUGAUGCGCGCGGCUGCACCCGGAAGUGCGGCGACGUGGCCGUGCCAUACCCGUUCGGCGUCGUCGGCGAUCCGGGUGGGGCAGACUGCUACUUGCCGGGCUUGAAUCUCACCUGCGAGACGAGCCGCAACGAUCCACCUCGGCUGCUGCUCGGCGACGGCACCCUUCAGGUCGUCGAGAUCUCCAUCGAGAACGGCACCGUGCGCGCCGUACACGCCGGCGACAUAAAGAUAGACGCCGACGGCAACGGAACGUUCGGCGGCGGACUCAGGGUCCAUGGACCCUACAUGCUGACCUUCAACAACGAGCUCAUCGUAACGGGUUGCAACGUGAUGGCGACACUGCAGGAGGAGAGCAGCCACAUCAUCAUGAGCGCAUGUGCCUCCUUCUGUCCAGACCCCAAUGGCGCCUUCUCGGAAGGUAUAGACCACAGUGGCCCCGGCAAGUACUGCAAUGGCCAGGGAUGCUGCCAGGCGGCCAUCGCCGUCAUCCGAGACGAGGCAGCGGGCUACGUAGCGUUCAAAUGGUUCGGCCAGAACAGAAGCUCGGAUAACGAGGCGGGGCCGCCUGCCCGCGUGUUCGUCGCCGAGGAGGGGUGGUUCGAUAACUAUCACCAUGGCGCAAUGAAAGUUCCUUUGUCCAAAGAUGCAAUGGCAGUUCCCAUUCUUCUGUACUGGCAGAUCGUUGAUGUAGACCCGCCUCCGUCAACAGAUUACACCAGAUGGUUCGCGGGAUCCGGUGAUUGCCCAACCAAAGUGACCACCAACAUAUGCAAGAGCAACAAUAGCGUGUGCGGUCGGACUAAAGGCUAUUACUGCUACUGCAAAGAGGGAUACGAAGGCAAUCCCUACAUCCCCGACGGCUGCCAAGGUUAG